AAAAAAAAAAAUGAAAUGGAAAUGGAAAGCGUUAUUAUGGAUUUACCAUGAUUUUUAAUUGACCACUAUGAGGCAGGGGAAACGCGAAUUACGUAGUUAAGAAUAGUGGAGAAAGUAUUUAAAUAAUAUGGGGGUGUGUGUGCAAGGAACGAUAAAAAAAACAACACGAGAUUACUUCUAAAGAAAAAGCCGACUCCACGCGAGCGAAGAAGAAGAGAAAUUAGCAAAGGAGAGAGAGAAGAGCGAGCAGAAUAAGGUGUCUCUCUUGGACUGAUUCGGUUCAAUCGCAUCUCUAUUCUCUACUACUCAUUCAUUUAUCUAUCUACCUCUUUUCUCUUCCUUCUCUCCCACCCUUAAUUAACACAGAAAAAAAAGAACAUAGUUAUUUAUUUUUGGUUCAUGGCCGUUCAAGCUCAAUAUCCAUCCAAUGUCCUUCUUCUAAACAGCAGCAGAAACGGGCAAGAAGAGCAUGAGUAUUCUUCAUUGCAACCACAACCAGGAGGAGUUGUACUCUUGAAUCAGCCUCACAUGUUAUACAACAUCAAUGACAAUGGAAGUAACAAUAACAACAACAAUACCAAUUCUCGGAAGAGAGGUAGAGAAGACCCGGGUGUUGGCAACAACACAAUCACUGCAGCUUCUAAUGUUAUCGAUCAAUUCUCUUUACAAUCUCAGCCUCCGCAACUUGUUCAUCUCUCUCAGCUCCACAAUCACCACCAACAACAAAAUAAUGUGGUGUCCACUGGCCUUCGCUUAUCCUUCGAUGACCAACACUUUCAACAACAACAAAGACUACAACUUCAUCAAAAUGAAUCUCAACAACAUAGGUCCCACUCUUCUGCUUUCUUAUCUCUAUUAUCCCAAGGCUUGGGUUCUCAAAUCAAACAACAGCGCGAUGAGAUUGAUCAAUUGCUCCAUGCCCAGGGAGAGCAACUGCGGCGGGCAUUGGCGGAGAAGAGGCAGAGACAUUACCGCGCGCUGCUGAGCGCGGCGGAGGAGGCGGUGGCGCGACAGCUCAGAGAGAAGGAAGCGGAAGUGGAAAUGGCCACGCGCAAGAACGCGGAGUUGGAAGCACGCGCGGCCAAGCUGAGCGUGGAGGCCCAGGUGUGGCAGGCUAAGGCCCGGGCCCAAGAGGCUACGGCAGUCUCCCUCCAGACCAAACUGCAGCAGACGAUACUGUCCCACGGCGGCGAAGAUCCUGCUGUCGUGGGCGUUUCAUCUGCUGCUGUAGAGGGACAGGCGGAGGACGCGGAGUCCGCCUACAUCGACCCCGACCGCGUGGUGGCUGCCACGGCGGCGCGUCCCAAAUGCCGAGGGUGCGCAAAGCGCGUGGCCUCGGUGGUCGUUUUGCCGUGUCGGCACUUGUGCGUCUGUACAGAAUGCGAUGCGCAUUUCCGAGCGUGCCCAGUUUGUCUCACCCCAAAGAAUUCAACCGUUGAAGUUUUUCUCUCUUAACAACCCUCCUAAAUUUACCCAAUUGCCCCUCCCCUUCCUUUUUCUUUCUUGUCCAUACCAAAGGAAAAAUUUUCUCAUAAAACUAUAAAUAAAUUACAUUUUUGUUUCUCUCUUGAAUUGACAUGGCCAAGGUGAAAGUUUGAUUUCGGUAUAGUUAAAAUUAAGUUUACCUUCUGGUGAUGUACAUGGCCACGUGGCUAGAAGUGGCAUUUUUUUUUUUACUUUUUGGUUAUUAUCUCUUUCUUCUCCUGAAAUUUCUAUUGCAUAAUUAAUAUAUAAUAUUCUUUUAUUGGAUAA